CACUCUUGUGUUUUCUGCACCAAACUCAUAAGUCACUAACAUGGCUUCCUCAAACUUCCUAGUGCUGCUUCUUUUUGCUCUAUUUGCCAUUCCUCAGGGUCUUGCCAAUUAUGAGAAGCCUCCGGUUUACCAACCACCGGUGUAUAAGCCACCAGUUGAGAAACCCCCGGUCUACAAACCCCCUGUAGAAAAGCCACCAGUAUAUAAGCCACCAGUAGAGAAGCCUCCAGUUUACAAACCACCGGUGUACAAGCCACCUGUGUACAAACCCCCAGUAGUGAAACCCCCAGUCUACAAACCUCCUGUUUACAAGCCACCGGUGUACAAGCCACCAGUUUACAAACCACCAGUAGAGAAGCCCCCAGUUUACAAGCCACCUGUAUACAAACCCCCAGUAGUGAAACCCCCAGUCUACAAACCUCCUGUUUACAAGCCACCAGUUGAGAAGCCUCCAGUUUACAAGCCACCAGUAGUGAAGCCACCUGUUUACAAGCCCCCAGUCUACAAGCCACCAGUAGUGAAGCCACCUGUAUACAAGCCUCCAGUCUACAAGCCACCCGUUUACAAGCCUCCAGUUGAGAAGCCUCCGGUCUACAAGCCACCUGUUUACAAGCCCCCAGUUGAGAAACCUCCAGUCUACAAGCCACCGGUUUACAAGCCUCCAGUCGAGAAGCCACCAGUUUACGGACCUCCUCACCACCCAUAGGACUCUCGGAUGCUUUUAAGUAAAUAAGUUAAAUAAGAGAUAUAUAAUGUUUCCAAAGCAAGGAUUAUAUAUUCUUGGAAUCUUCAUUUUAGUCUUUUGUUUACAAAUCCUAUUACCAAGAUAAGAAUGUGAAAGAAAAUGGUGCAUUUGUACUCCAAGUUAUGAAUAAGAACGUUGUGAUUUAGCACUUUUUAA